AUGCUACUUGACGAGAGUGGAAGUGCUACUUCUACUCAGACGAGGGCGGGUCUUCAGGGCAUCACGACCCGCUUCCACGAGUUCCUGGUUCAGCACACGAAGCAGACGUCCGUUGUCAGGCUGGCCAGCACUCGAACGAUCCUGGGGCUGCUACGCGGCUUCCACAACGAGAUUGACGAAGUGAUAACCCCCUUAGCGCCGGCGCAGUCCAUCUCGAUCCUUACAAACUGGAGAGAACGCUGGGACGACGCCGUUCUGGAAGUGGAGAACCGACUCAAAAAUUCAUGGGAAUCCAACUCGUCCGAUUUGUCCCGAGAGUUGCCGGACACGACCUCACAGACCGGAGCUCUAUUGCUGCUGAACAGCGAAAGUCUCCGUCACAAGGCGAGAUACAGCGCCCAAUCUCAGGAACUCCUAGAAGCAGCCUCAAAGCGCAUAGCACGGAUGUCCGGCGCCCCAAUUCCCGAGAUCCCAGAGUGGUUUGUUCCACGCCACGAAGUUCAGCGUCAAGCCAAACCCUUCGCUUCAGGUUCGUUCGGACAGGUCUAUCGAGGGGUUUGGCGAGGCUCGAAAGUCGUCAUCAAGUGCGUGACAGUGUCCUCGCCGCGGGAGAAGAAGGCGUUCCUGCGAGAGGCGCGGAUCUGGCACAGAGCUCGUCACCCACACAUUGUGAACUUCUUCGGUGCUUGUUACGACUGCCAGCCGUGCUUUUUCAUCUGUGAGGAGGCUGCGAAAGGCAAUUUGGUGGAUUACCUGGACAAGAAGAAGGCGGACGGACGGACGCUCACGUGGAAGAAGCUGCUCGAGGCGGCCUUGGGACUGGAGUAUCUGCACCAGAAUGGGAUUGUCCAUGGAGACCUCAAGUGCAACCAGAUCCUGGUGAGUGGCGAAGGAGUCGCCAAACUGACGGACUUUGGGUUUAGUUUUGUCUCGUCAGGGUCGAAGCCUACGGGCUCUGGAGGCGCUAUCCGGUGGAGAGCUCCGGAAUGUCUUGGCUGCAACAGCCAGAUCCCAACAUUUGAGUCGGACGUGUACUCGUUUGGGAUGUGUGUGGUGGAGGCCUUGACCUACGACGUGCCAUGGGGAGUCUAUCUCCCCGACGCUGCUGUCAUGGAUCAUCUUCGGCAUCGGCAGUUUAUUCCUCGACCGCAACAGUUCACGAGCGAUGUCGAAUGGAGUUUUGUGUUGGCCUUAUGCGCCUUUGAGCCUUCUAAGCGCAUGGAUCUGACUGAUGCUAUCAAACACCUUCAGGUAUUUGCA